AUGGAUUUUGCCAUACUGUUGCUUCUCUUGAUCUUUGCACCAGCAGGGAUGCCAUCAUUUACCAGCUGCCCCUCAUCCACCUUCGAAGGUGCACUUGAGUUCCCCUUGUUUCACACCGACCACCCGUGCGUCCAACAACAUCGUGGUCGUCCGAUGUCAACUGAAAGCAUCAGUGAAACUGAUGAUACAGACCUACCCAUUGACUUGAUACGGAAUGACAGCAUAAACAACUUUGCCUUUCUAAUGCCCGUCCAGCUGGGCACGCCACCGGUCUGGAACCUCGUGGCAGUUGACACUGGAUCUCCAUUCUGCUUUGUUCAGUGUAGACCUUGCACCCUCUGGUGCAACGAUCAAGAGGGUGCUGGCCAGAUAUUCGAUCCCAAGAAGUCCAAGAGUUUCAGGCGUAUUGGGUGCUCGGCGAAAGCCUGCCGAGCACUUCAGUCGCGGCUGCGUCUGCCGUUCAAAGCAUGCAUGGAGAAAGAGGAUAGCUGCCUUUACAGUGCCUCAUACGGGAAAGGAUCCUAUUAUUCAGUCGGCAAGCUGGUGGCAGACACAAUCUCCAUUGGGCGUGAUGGCAAGGGAUACAGUAUUCCCAGCUUCAUCUUCGGCUGCAGCUUGGACAUCGAGUAUGAUCAGGGCGAGGCCGGCAUAUUCGGGUUCGGUGCCGCGCCGUCUUCUUUCUUCUCACAGGUAGUACGGGUGGUUAACUAUCGGGCAUUCAGCUACUGUUUUCCGAGUGACAGAAAGAAGACUGGAUAUUUGUCCAUCGGGGAUUACAACGGUGACAAUUCUACUUCUUACACCCCCUUGUUCGUGGCUCAUCAACGGCCAGUGUUUGCACUGACGCUGGAUAAGGUGGUGGUCAAUGGGAUCACGCUGAUCACAGACCCCUCAGAAAUGAUGGUUGACACUGGGGCAAAAUGGACGGUGCUGCGGUCUGAUACCUUCAGCCAACUUGAGACGGUAAUCUCCAAGGCUUUGGGAACUUUGGGAUAUAAGCGCACCCUUGUUCUGGGACCAAAUCAUAUGUGCUAUGAGGAGGACUUAUUCACAGUGUUCCGCAAUUGGUCCGCUUUGCCUGUGGUACAACUUUCGUUCGACAUGGGUGCUACACUUACAUUGGCACCCGAGAGCUCAUUUCAUUUUAGAAGCAGUCAUGGACUAUGCACGUAUUUCAUGAGAGAUGCUGGCAUGGGGAAAGCAGGUUUGCAGCUGGUGGGGAACUCGGUCACACGAUCGAUCGGCGUCACCUUUGAUUUUCAAGGGGGGCGGUUUGCUUUUCGGGAUGGAGACUGCUGA